AUGGUUCAAUCUUCUGUAUUAGGUUUCCCACGUAUUGGUGGUCAAAGAGAAUUAAAAAAAAUCACUGAAGCUUAUUGGUCUGGUAAAGCUACCGUUGAAGAAUUGUUAGCUAAAGGUAAAGAAUUGAGAGAAAAUAAUUGGAAAUUACAACAAAAAGCUGGUGUUGAUAUUAUUCCAUCUAAUGAUUUCUCCUAUUAUGAUCAAGUUUUAGAUCUUUCUUUAUUAUUUAAUGCUAUUCCAGAAAGAUACACCAAAUUUGAUUUGGCUCCAAUUGAUGUUUUAUUUGCCAUGGGUAGAGGUUUACAAAAAAAAGCUACUGAAACUCAAGCUGCUGUUGAUGUUACUGCUUUAGAAAUGGUUAAAUGGUUUGAUUCUAAUUAUCAUUAUGUUAGACCAACAUUUUCUCAUUCUACUGAAUUUAAAUUAAACACUGAUGCUGGUAUUAAACCCGUUGAUGAAUUCAAUGAAGCUAAAGCUUUAGGUAUUCAAACUAGACCAGUUAUUUUGGGUCCAAUUUCUUAUUUAUAUUUAGGUAAAGCUGAUAAAGAUUCCCUUGAUUUGGAACCAAUUUCUUUAUUACCAAAAAUCUUGCCAGUUUAUAAAGAAUUGUUGCAAAAAUUGAAAGAAGCUGGUGCUGAACAAGUUCAAAUUGAUGAACCAGUAUUGGUUUUGGAUUUACCAGAAAUUGUUCAAUCUAAAUUUAAAGAAGCUUAUGACGCUUUGGUUGGUUCUAAUGAUGAUAUUCCAGAAUUAAUCUUGACUACUUAUUUUGGUGAUGUUAGACCAAACUUGAAAGCCAUUGAAAACUUGCCAGUUUCUGGAUUCCAUUUUGAUUUUGUCAGAGUUCCAGAUCAAUUGGAUCAAGUUGCUUCUAUUUUGAAAAAUGAUCAAACUUUAUCUGUUGGUGUUGUCGAUGGUAGAAACAUUUGGAAAACUGAUUUUGCCAAGGCUUCCUCAGUGGUUCAAAAAGCUAUUGAAAAAGUUGGUAAAGACAAAGUUGUUGUUGCUACUUCAUCUUCAUUGUUACACACUCCAGUUGAUUUGGAAUCGGAAACUAAAUUAGAUGGUGUUAUUAAAGACUGGUUUUCUUUUGCUACCCAAAAAUUGGAUGAAGUUGUUGUUAUUGCCAAAAAUGUUUCUGGUGAAGAUGUUUCUAAAGAAUUACAAGCUAAUGCUACUUCCAUUAAAGCUAGAUCUGAAUCUUCUAUCACCAAUGAUCCAAAAGUUCAAGAAAGAUUAACUACCAUCAAUGAAGCUUUGGCAACUAGAAAAGCUGCUUUCCCAGAAAGAUUAACUGAACAAAAGGCUAAAUAUAAUUUGCCAUUGUUCCCAACCACCACCAUUGGUUCUUUCCCACAAACUAAAGAUAUUAGAAUCAAUAGAAAUAAAUUUGCUAAAGGUCAAAUUACUGCUGAAGAAUACGAAACUUUUAUUAACAAAGAAAUUGAAACUGUUGUUAGAUUUCAAGAAGAAAUUGGUUUGGAUGUUUUAGUCCAUGGUGAACCAGAAAGAAAUGAUAUGGUUCAAUAUUUUGGUGAACAAUUGAAUGGAUUUGCUUUCACCACUAAUGGUUGGGUUCAAUCUUAUGGUUCUAGAUAUGUUAGACCACCAAUUAUUGUUGGUGAUGUUUCUAGACCAAAAGCUAUGACAGUUAAAGAAUCUGUUUAUGCUCAAUCUAUUACUUCUAAACCAAUGAAAGGUAUGUUGACUGGUCCAGUUACCAUUUUGAGAUGGUCAUUCCCAAGAGAUGAUGUUUCUGGUAAGAUUCAAGCUUUACAAUUAGGUUUAGCUUUAAGAGAUGAAGUCAAUGAUUUGGAAAGUGCAGGUAUUACUGUUAUUCAAGUUGAUGAACCAGCUAUUAGAGAAGGUUUACCAUUAAGAGCUGGUAAAGAAAGAUCUGAUUAUUUGAAUUGGGCUGCUCAAUCAUUUAGAGUUGCCACUUCUGGUGUUGAAAAUUCUACUCAAAUUCAUUCCCAUUUCUGUUAUUCAGAUUUAGAUCCAAAUCAUAUUAAAGCUUUAGAUGCUGAUGUUGUUUCUAUUGAAUUUUCUAAAAAAGAUGAUCCAAAUUAUAUUCAAGAAUUCUCUGAAUAUCCUAAUCAUAUUGGUUUAGGUUUAUUUGAUAUCCAUUCACCAAGAAUUCCAUCUAAACAAGAAUUUGUUUCUAGAAUUGAAGAAAUCUUGAAAGUUUAUCCAGCUUCUAAAUUUUGGGUUAACCCAGAUUGUGGUUUGAAAACUAGAGGUUGGCCAGAAGUUAAAGAAUCAUUGACUAAUAUGGUUGAUGCUGCUAAAGAAUUCAGAGCUAAAUACUAA